AUGGCUGUUUACGAUGAGAGAUUGGACCAGAUCCAGACCCAGCAGGGAGUGACUCUCGCACACAUCGAGCGAGAGAGGCGCCGUUCACGGCGCAUGCAAAAGGUCCAGCAGCAUUUACUCCGGCUGCUACCGGGCGAGCAGCCCGUUUGGAGGACUCCCUGGGAGGACUCUCCCCUUCCACCUCCACCCGCGAAUGGUGAUGAUGGUGCUGCUGGUGAUGACGCCUUCAUGGACGACAUCGACUUUGGUGAUCUUGGCGACGAGUAG